AUGACGCAGCCGAGAGCCGCGGUGACGGCUCGCGGGGCGCUAGGACGCGGCGUGCGGAGCCGGUCAGCGGGGGCAGGCCCCAAGGCCCCGGCGCGGCGGCGGGACAGCACCUACCUUCCCGGCUUCGGGUCCGGGAGUGCGGGGCGCAGAGCCGCCGGAGCGCUGCCUCCCUCCUUCCUCCUCCCCCCGCCCCCGCCCCGCAGCGCGACACACAAUACUCGCCGGAAGCGGAAGCCGCGCCGAGAGGCUCGUGUCAGUGGAACCCCGGGUGUCGGCGGGCGACCGCGGGAGGGCCUAGCGGCGCCUGCGGAACAAGGAGAAGGCGGGGGGCCGGAGGGGAGAACCAGCAGGAGGAAUGAAGGGCGAGAAGAGACCCGGAGGGGCAGGUGGCUGAAAUGCAGUCGUCCAGGUGACCCGAGGAAUCCUCUGGAGAAAGAGGGCCGCGCAUGCGCGUGGCGGAGCACUGAAGCCCAUUGCCCACAGGGCGCCUACGGGCGGCGGGGCAGGCGGGCCCGUCCCGCCCAGGGUGUGGACCCGGGCUCUGACUCGGCUCGGGCUGGUCCCGGUUGGGGCUGGGAGCCGCCGGGGGCGGGGCAAGGGCGGGUUGCGGACAUUGAGCUACACUGCUCCUCUCUCCAGGGUAGUCCCGGGAGAAGGUGGCUCGCCGAGUCGGCGGCCAAUUACGUGGUGGACCUGCGGGUCUCAGCUGGCACGUCACUUCCGACAAGUUGAGUUUAAGCCUUUUAACGUUAAAGGAUUAGCUCAGUUUUCCCUGCCGUGGGCUUCGGAUGCUUGGUCACCUUGUCCUUGCUAGGCGAGCUUUACGGAAAUGAUCUACCUCCUCCGAUGGAGUGGGAGCCCCGAAAGAGCUGGUGGGGACUUCCCUGGUGGUGCAGUGGUGAAGAAUCCGCCUGCCAAUGCAG